AUGAGAUACAUGCUCGAGUCGCAGCACGGGGAUGCGCCCGCCGUCUGCCCGUCGCGCGAAGUCUGCCGGGAAGGCAGACACAGGCAGAUUGGGCAGCUCGACGCCGCUGCGGUCGACAAGAAGAUGUGGAAUGGCGCCUGGAGCGCAGGCUGGCGCGUCAGCACGACUCGCGACUGCCAUUCGACCUACACGUCGCCGGACGGCCGCACCUUUCGCACGCGAGCGGAGGCGGAGGCGGAGGCAGCGGCGAAAUCAGGCGCUGGCGGUAAGAAGCGGAAGCGAACGGCGGCCGCGCCAGCUGCAGUCGAGAAGCGGAAGCGAGCCGGAGCCUCGCCGGCGACCUCUCGCAGCCUCCCGCCGCCGCCGCCGCCGCAAGCGAUUGGCCUCUCGAGCUACGCCGACCGGUUCGACGAGCUAGGGUACGACGACCUCGCUUUCCUCGCGCAGAUGGGCGGGGAGGAGCUGAGGCAGGUGGCGGUGGAGGUGGAGAUGAGGCCCGGCCAUCGCGACAAGUUUGCGAGCUGGUUUGGGGACGUGGCCCGGCGCUGGUAG